CUUGUCACUCCUUUUAUACUAGGCCUAGCGUGCCUUAUUAGAGCUAGUGCUAAUCUAGAAUCUGAGAGUGCUGGUAAUACCGAGCUUAUAGUCCGCCGUACGGAUAGAUAUCGCUCUGUUGCCUACUUUGACCUCCUAACCGAUAAACUAACGUAUAUACUAUACGCUUUUGCUAAUGUAUACCCGGACACCGGAACGAGCGAUACUAGAAACAAUGUUUAUAGAUGUAUGAAGCAGCUUUUUCUCCUUAAGAAGAAGAAUCGAAAUCUGAAGAUCCUGCUGUCUAUCGGGGCGGGCCGUACAAAUUUCGCUUCCUCCGCUAAGGAUCUAGUAGCGGAUCUUGGAUUUGAUAGUGUUGACAUCGACUAG